CUGGAGUGGCUUCAAAUGUGCAGCAAUCCUCCUGCCUCAUCCUCCCAAGUGCUGGUAUUACAGACAGUUGCCCAGGAAGCCAUCCUGCACGCGUCCGGAAGUGGCCCGUCCUCGCCGUCUAAGGACUACUGCAUGCUGUACAACCCGCGUUGGAAGGAGCUUCCAAGUACCCUAGAAAAUGCGACUUCCUUGGGUUUGAUGAACCUGACUACAACACCCCUAUGCAACCUUUCUGAAAUUCCUCCCGAUGGCAUAAAGAGCAAAGCCGUCGUCGUGCGGUGGGGACCCUGCCAUUUCCUGCAGAAAGCCAGUGUCGCCCAGGCGGGAGGUGCUGAAGCCUUGCUGGUGGCCAAUGACAGUGUUGUGUUUCCUUCUUCCUGGAACAUAUCUGCAUUUCCUGAUAGGAAAAUACUAAUUGCAUUUAUAAAUCACAAAGACUUUAGAGACAUGGAGCAGACUCUGGGAAGUAACAUCACCGUGAAAAUGUAUUCUCCGUCCUGGCCCAACUUUGACUACACCAUGGUGGUUAUUUUUGUAAUUGCUGUGUUCACGGUGGCAUUAGGAGGCUAUUGGAGUGGCCAAAUUGAACUGGAAAGCAUGAAGGCAGUGACGGAUACUGAAGACAGAGAAAUGAAGAAGAAAGAGGAGUACUUAACCUUCAGCCCUCUCACGGUUGUGAUAUUUGUGGUCAUCUGCUGUGUUAUGAUGGUCCUGCUCUAUUUCUUCUACAAGUGGUUGGUUUAUGUUAUGAUAGGGAUUUUCUGCGUAGCAUCGGCCAUGAGCCUCUACAACUGUCUGGCUGCGCUGGUUCAGAAGAUACCUUGUGGAAAAUGCGCGAUUGCAUGUCGUGACAAAAGCAUUGAAGUGAGACUUAUUUUUCUCUCUGCGCUGUGCAUAGCAGUAGCUGUUGUUUGGGCUGUUUUUCGAAAUGAGGAUAGGUGGGCUUGGAUUUUACAGGAUAUCUUGGGGAUUGCCUUCUGUCUGAAUUUAAUUAAAACACUGAAGUUACCCAACUUCAAGUCCUGUGUGAUACUUCUAGGCCUUCUGCUCCUUUAUGAUGUGUUUUUUGUUUUCAUAACACCAUUCAUCACAAAGAAUGGGGAGAGUAUCAUGGUUGAACUUGCAGCCGGACCGUUUGGGAAUACUGAAAAGUUACCGGUCGUCAUCAGGGUGCCAAAGCUGAUCUAUUUCUCAGUAAUGAGCGUGUGCCUCAUGCCUGUCUCCAUCUUGGGCUUCGGAGACAUUAUCGUACCGGGCCUGUUAAUUGCAUACUGUAGAAGAUUUGAUGUUCAAACUGGUUCUUCUUCUAUAUACUACAUUUCUUCCACAAUUGCCUAUGCCAUUGGCAUGGUCCUCACCUUCGCUGUUCUGGUGCUGAUGAAGAAGGGCCAGCCCGCGCUCCUCUACUUAGUGCCCUGCACGCUCGUUACUGCCUCCGUUGUCGCCUGGAGACGGAAGGAAAUGAAGAAAUUCUGGAAGGGCAGCAGCUAUCAGAUGAUGAACCAUCCGGACUAUUCAGCAAAUGAAGAAAACCCAGUGCCUGCUGACGAACAGGUCGCCCAGCAGUAAUACUGUGCAGACCUGCAGUAACGUGUUCUUGAUUUUCUACCAGUAGAGUUUGACUUUUUAAAUCAACUUUUGAAUUGACAUUCUGAAAGCAUUUUCAGUGACAUGUUUGCAAAUAUAUAUUUCUACGAGCUGGUACCGAUAAUUAUAAAAAAUUAAAAUGCAUUUACUUUUAACUAUAUUGAAGUUGUGCCUUCACAUUAAAUAAAAGCAUAUGGUCUGUGUAAUUUC